AUGAACCCUAAUCAAAUACCUUCUGAAGAUCCUCUCUUAAAAGAUGAUGAAGAGAAUGACUCUGCUGCGGAUUCCGAUGUCAAGCCUUCAAGACGUUCUGGUAGAAGAAAGAUCAAGAUUGAAUAUAUUGAAGACAAGAAUCGUAGACACAUUACCUUUUCAAAGCGUAAAGCUGGUAUUAUGAAGAAGGCGUAUGAAUUAAGUACAUUGACAGGUACGCAAGUGUUACUGUUGGUUGUUUCUGAAACCGGUUUAGUCUAUACCUUUACAACUGUAAAAUUGCAACCCAUCGUCACUAAACCCGAAGGAAAAAACCUGAUCCAAGCUUGUUUAAACGCACCCGAUCCCAUCCAAACCGACGCCAACGUAAAAAUGACUUUUUAUUUUUUUUCUGCUUACUUUUUUUUUUUAAUUGACAUUUUACCUUUUAGGAUAAUGAUACAGCCGCUUAUAAUCCUGGCAACGGGCAAUCUCGAGUUGACAUUGAUAAAAAACCCACUGCAGUCUAUGAAGAAAAGAAGGCGGAUGUGA